AUGAUUGUAAAUAAGAAUCGUCAAGAUGAACUUUCUGUUGUUCGUGCAUCAAUUCCGUUGCAAGUAUUAUGCCACGUACAUCGACCAAUUGUCGUUUUGUGGUUUUUUGCUGAAAUUUUAAUAUUUAUCUGGAAAGGUGUGAUUGGAACAUAUUAUCACGAUUGGACAAUCUAUGGGUUUGAAAUAUUUGCAUUAUGUUUAACAUUAACUCUGGAAUUUAUUCGUUUACAAUUAACAUUGUAUGCAAAUUUAACAGAAAAUUUAUUUUUAAUCAUAUUAUGUUUUAUUUUAUGUUUAAUGGGAAUUCUGGCGUUAUUAUAUUGGGUAAUAUGGCAAUGGAUUGUAUUAAAAUUAGAAUUUGUUAUUGGACUUACACAAGUAGUAUUUAUAUUUUGUGAAUUAAUUAUGUCCAUAACGGCUAUAGCAGCAUUUUGCAAAAAACCCAUGAAAAGUGAAAGUCGACUAUUAAAAUGUAGUGUACUAUUAGAAGAUGCCUAUCAAUUUCGUUCUAUUUCUCAUAAAAUGUCACCAUCUACUGUUUUAACAUGGUAUAGAUGGUAUUGGUCAUCUUAUAUUCAACGAUUAAUCGCUUUCAUUGUUUCAAUCUAUUUAUUGCUUAUAUUUAUUCAAUAUCCAUCUUCUCUUAGUCAAUCAUCGGAUGUUCGAACACAGUCAACACGUCAUACAUUACCAUGUUGGUUACAAUUACUUAUCGAAGCUACUUGUAUAUUAAUAUUUUAUAUUGAUGCAAUAAUAAGAUCUUAUUUAAUUGGUAUUAGACAUGUUAAACGAAAACCAUGGCUAAUUGCUUAUUUUGUUAUAACAACCAUUUCACUUAUCGAUUUAAUUAUAUCAUGUAUAAUGGGUUGUAAAGAAAAAACUGUGAAUAUUCGUCAAUUAUUGCGUCCAUUUUUUCUUGCUGUUAUAUCACGUGAAAUGAAAAAAAUACUUAAUAGUUUAAGAAAAUCAUUUCUACAAAUUCUCAGUGUUACAAUUCUUCUCGUUAUUCAUGUUUAUUUUUUUUCUGUUAUUGGUAUGAUUUUAUUUCCACCUGUUCAGAAUACAAAGCGAUCCGAUGAAGGUACAAAAUAUUUUCCAGAUUUUGGUGACUCAUUAUUAAGUUUAAUUGUCCUAUUGACAACGGCAAACAAUCCGGAUAUCACUUUACCAGCUUAUUCACGAAAUCGUUUGUAUAUUAUUUAUUUUGCAAUAUUUUUGACCAUUGGUCUCUAUUGCCUGAUGAAUUUAUUUACGGUCAUUAAAAUGAAUACAUUCAAAGAAUUUUUUACAACAUCGAUGCAAAAUUCAUUAUUUCGUCGUCGAUUAGCAAUUCGAGCUUGUUUUGAUACAUUUGUUGAACGAGAACCAUCUGAAAACAAUGAAAAUAUUCAAUUUGUUCUCAAUUCAAGAACAACUGCCCCAUUUCGUAUUGUCAAAUUUGUUAUAUCUUCAUCCGAAUUACCACCCACACAUCAAAAAGAAAUAAUUGAUACCUUAGCUCGUGGCGAAAAUGCUAAUGAUAUCAGUUGGGAUUCGUUUUCAGUAGCCAUGCUCUCAUUGGAUAUUGAUCUUGCCAAACCGCUUGAAGAGCCUGUGCAAUAUACAGGCAUAUGGACUAUAAUGCAGAUUAUUGGCGUAUCAAAAUAUUUAACAUGGUUUGCAAAUGGUAUUGGUUUAUUGAACGUCGUCAUUUUAGUGAUUGAAGCUGGUCUUCGUUAUCAUUCACAAUUUUUUACAAUUGAUGCUGUGCUAUCGACUUUACAUGUAACUCAUUGGGGUAUUUAUCAUAGUUUAAGCAUCACGAAUAGUGAGGUUGUUCGUGAUUCUAAAGGAACAGCAACAUCUCUAUGGGCAAUAACACGUAUCAUUAAUUUGUUUGUUAUAUUGCGAAUAAUACGAUGGAUGCCACAUUUUACGUGUUUAUUUUACAGUUAUGCAAUACUUGGAAUGUGGCUGUUUCGAGGAGUUAUUGUUGCUCCACCAGAUUGGCAUAACAAAGAUUUUCCAUGUGGAUCAUUUGAGCAGUCAAAUUAUUGGGCAAAUAAUUUUGAUGACUUUUAUUCGUCCGUUGUCGUUUUGUAUGAUAUAAUGUUAAUCAAUAAUUGGGGAACAUUUCUCACUGGUAUACGAUCAUUUACAACAAGAUGGAGUCAAUUGUAUUUUGUUAGUUGGUGGUUUAUAUCGAAUGUCUACAUAUUAGCACUAGUGUUAGGCUUUAUUGUCGAAUUAUUUUCUCUCAAUGUUGCUCGAAUCGAAGAAAAUAUUGGAGGAGAUGGAUCAUCACAAACGUACUUCGUUAAAACAUUAUUUCAUUUAUUCAAACGAAGUUUACGAGAACCAUCCGAUGAUGAAAUUAAUUUCGCAUUAAAAAAAUAUAAACGACUAUAUCAGAAUACAGAAGAAGAUGACCAUUAUACGCUCAAAUUUAUUAUUCUAUGUUUUUUACUGUUUAUGGCAACGAUAUUUGCAAAGAUAUUUGGUUUAAUGAUAUUAGAAAUAUGUUAUGAUACAUUUUUUUUUAAUGGACAAUGGGUGAAUGAAAUUAGGGAAGUAUACAUGAUACAUGUUUGA